AUGCCUGCCGUUUGCCUGGAGGCUUUGGCUGCGGCGUCGUCCAGGGGCAUUACCAUUUCUAUGGAUCUUAAUUACCGGGCAAAGCUGUGGCAAUAUGGUAAAAAUCCAGUGGCGGUAAUGCCGGCGCUGGCAAGCUAUUGCGAUGUUAUUAUGGGCAAUGUAUGGGCAGCGAAUACCCUGCUCGGCAUACCGCUGGAUACCGCGAUAGAAACGGCGCAUAACCGCGACCGCUACCUGGAUCAUGCACAGCAGACGGCGCUGGCCAUACAGCAGUUAUAUCCGCGUUGCAAAGUAGUGGCCAAUACUUUCCGGUUUGAUCAGGGAGAUCAUGGUAUUCAUUAUUAUGCAACGCUUCAUAGGGACGGGCAGGUGUGGUAUUCUCCGGAAUUUGAGACAACAGAUAUCGUUGAUAAAGCAGGCAGUGGCGAUUGCUUCAUGGCGGGACUGAUCCAUGGCCUUUUACAACAACAGGAGCCACAGCAUAUUAUUGACUUUGCAGCUGCCGCAGCUGUUGGUAAGCUGAUGGAGCGGGGAGAUGCCACCCAACAAUCUAUAGCCACCAUUCACAAAACAAUCGCUCAAUAUGCAUAA